AUGGCUGCCGAAUUUGCGAACCACGUUUUCGAUUAUCUGAUCGUCGGUGGGGGCACUGCUGGGCUGGCUGUCGCUGCCCGACUCAGUCAACUCCCCUAUCUCACCGUCGGCGUCAUCGAAGCCGGUCCGGCCGCCCUCGAUGACCCUGCUAUCAACAUUCCGGGUCGUUAUGGCGAAACCAUCGGCAGCAGGUAUGAUUGGCAGUUUGAGACCGUCAGCCAGUCGGGUUUGCAGGGCCGUUCGCUGUCUUGGCCGCGGGGUAAAGUCUUGGGAGGCACCAGUGCGCUGAAUUUUAUGGCGUGGAAUCGCGGGAAUCGCGAGGAUUACGAUGCGUGGGAGGAGUUGGGGAAUGAGGGGUGGGGGUGGGAGGGUUUAUUGCCCUUUUUUAAACAGAGUGAAGCCUUUCAUCCGCCGGAUGCUUCUCACCAGGAACAGUUCCGCUCAUAUUACGAUGCCGUCGCCCAUGGAUCAGACGGACCUAUCCAGACAUCGCACAUCAGAGAAUAUGGCCCUGCGCAUCAAUUCUGGCAUCAAACUUUAAACAAUCUCUCCGUCGACACCAGCAAGGACAGUCUGUCUGGCUCCAACACGGGCGCAUGGAACUUGAUCGCCACAAUUGACCCCAAAACACAGUCGCGCAGUUAUGCAGCUAAUGCAUAUUAUCUCCCGUUCUCACAGCGCCCGAAUCUUUUCGUCCUGACUGAGGCGACCGUCGAGGAAAUUCUACUCGAGAAGGAGGAAGACGAAUGGGUCGCUAGGGGAGCUAGGGUUGUGUGCGACGGGGAGGAAUUCACAGUCAACGUAUCGCGAGAAGUCAUUCUCUCUGCUGGGAGUGUUCAGUCGCCUCAGUUGUUGGAAUUAUCGGGGAUUGGGAAUCGGGAUGUUCUCGAGGCAGCGGGGAUUCCUGUCAAGCUGCAUAAUCCGAAUGUUGGGGAGAAUCUCCAAGAACAUAUGAUGACGGCUACUAUCUUCGAAAUCCUCCCCUCCAUCGCCACUCGUGAUGAUCUCCAAACAGAUUCUGCCCUGGCAGAAGCAGCCAAUACCGAGUACGAAAACUCUCAAACAGGACCACUGACAGUUCUAGCAUGUUCAGUCUCAUACUCUCCCCUAUCUCAAUUCACCUCUCCAGAAGAACUAUCCACACUCCACUCGCGCGCUGAAUCCAUCGCCAAAGAAUCAGGCCUCCCCCGCGACACCAUCCUCGCCCGACAAUUCCAACCAAACACAAAACUAGGCCAGGUGGAAUUCCUCUUCGACGUAGGAAACUGGAGUCCGUUUUUCAAAUCCGAGCCGGGAAAGAAAUACGCAACCAUGCUACAGAUGCUACAAUAUCCGUUCUCCAAGGGCUCGAUUCAUAUUCCUCCCCGCACAGGGGACAGGAGGAUCAGCGUAAACGACAAACCGAUCAUCGAUCCACGAUAUUAUCUCGGAGAUGGGAAGAUCGAUUUCGAUAUCAUGAAGAUGGCGCAGCGGUUUACGGAUCGGAUAUGUUCGACGGAGCCUUUGUCGAGUAUUAUUCUCUCGCGUGUUUUUCCGCCAGUGGCUGAGGGGGUCGAGGAUGAGUUUGAUGAGUAUGUGAGGAAUUAUACAAUUACGGAUUGGCAUCCCGUUGGGACUUGUGCCAUGGGUGGAUCGACAGGUGAGAAAACAGGUGUGGUUGAUGAGAGACUGCGUGUUUAUGGAGUUCGCGGAUUACGAGUGAUAGAUGCCAGUAUCAUGCCGUUACAAGUCAGCGCGCACAUCCAAGCGACCGUGUACGCGAUUGCCGAAAAAGGGGCUGCGAUGAUACUUGAAGAUGCAUAG